AUUUAAUUGUGUCUUGGUUGUGCCACUUGAUAGUAAAUUUGUUUGUGCUAGGUGUUUAACCCAAUUUAACAGGGAUUGGCACAGGGGAAUGGCCCUUUUUCUUUGUUUAUUUAUGUUAGGUGUUCUAAUAUCAUAUUAGAUGAUGUUAUUGUUAAUGUCUACUUUUCUUUUUUAAAUUGCAGCAAAAUUAAAAUGGUAAUAGAGCUGCUUGAGGGCAUUCAUUUUGUUUCUUCUGUGGAGGCCAUUUCUCUUGGUGCCCAAGCUGGUAUUCAUCCAUGGAUAAUUUAUGACAUUAUUUCUAAUGCUGCUGGAAAUUCAUGGGUUUUCAAGAAUCAUGUUCCCCAGUUGCUAAGGGAUAAUCAAACCAAACAUCUCCUGAAUACUUUGUUCAAAAUUUGGGUAUUGUUUUGGAUAUGGCCAAAUCAUGUACAUUUCCUCUUCCACUUCUGGCAGUUGCUUUUCAACAUCUAAUAGCAGGUUUGUAUCU